AGAAGAUGAUGGUCUCCAUAGACACACACACACAUGCACGCACACACACACACACACACACACACACACACAGACCCCUCCCCGGGGUUCCCCUUCUAUUCAGUGCCUCUUUAAGAGACCCCUGGUGAGAGGAUCUGCUCCUUCAUAAAGAGAAGAUGCGCGGGAUGACUCGCCAUAGGCUUUGGGUCUGACUUCAAAAGGUGUUCGAGGCGCGAGCUCUGUGAGAAGAAGAGGAAAAAGAAGGGGGAAAAAACGGUACCAAACCUCGGAAAGUCAUUCAGCUUCAGAAGUUCAUAUAAUGCGGAUGAGUCCUGGACGAGUCGCCUUACCUCGAGGAUUUACUGCUUUUUCGCUGUAACGGUGUUCCCGUCGAUUUUUCGUGUGGUUUUUCAGAAGCGGAUGACUGACUGACUGAACUCACCGCUCGCGCGUUGCCUCCAGACAGUGACGGUGCUCGCGCGCGCUCCGUUCGCACAUUGCUCUCGCGCUGGUCUGCAGGUGCUGAUCUCCUGACAGUAAGCGCACAUGGCUGCACUGGCGCUCUCCAGAACCGACAAUUUACUCCAUAACUUCUUACAGGAUCGUACCCCGAGCUCCUCUCCAGAGAGUGGUCCCAAUCCGCUGUCUUUCCUGGCCACCACGUGCAGCCAGGCUUGGCAGGUGAGCGGCAGCGUGGCCACUGAGGGGGCUCAGUUCCCCUAUGAGGGCACAGUGGGGACCACAUCCAGCAUGUUUCAGUUCUGGAGCAAUGACGUGGCCCCCAGCUCCAGCCUGAGUGCCCAUCAUAUGGCCUUCACCGUGCCCAAGAUGCAGUUCCCUGGCCAUGUGCAGAGUAGCCUGGGCGCACACUCGCACCACCACCAUCAUCAUCAUCACCACCACCAUCACCAUGAGCUGCCUCUUACCCCUCCAGCCGAACCUCCUGCUUCAUAUUCAUUCGAGGUCUCGCCUGUCAAAAUGCUGUCAUCACAGGCGCAAGGAAACACUCAGUACUAUGCACAGCACAAUGCCGUUGGCCAGAACUUUCCCAGCUUCCUGCAGAACAAUUCAGCCAGACCCCAUUUGCCUGGAGGGCACAUCGAAGACAGCCAACAGUGGUGGAGUCUCCCUCAGAGCAACACCAGCACCUCCAGUCACCCAUUUUCCCUGGGCAGGCAGUUGGUUUUAGGCCACCAGCCUCAGAUUGCUGCUCUGCUGCAAGGCACCUCCAAGAGUCUGCUGAGCUCCACACGCCGCUGCCGCCGCUGUAAGUGCCCAAACUGCCAAUCCACGGGGAACACCGUCGGCAGCCUGGAGUUUGGCAAAAAAAGACUGCACAUCUGCCACAUCCCAGAGUGUGGCAAGGUGUAUAAGAAGACGUCCCACCUAAAGGCGCACUUGCGCUGGCAUGCAGGGGAGAGGCCAUUCAUUUGCAACUGGCUCUUCUGCGGGAAGAGCUUCACACGUUCAGACGAGCUCCAGAGGCACCUGCGCACACACACCGGCGAGAAGCGUUUCGGCUGCACACAGUGCGGCAAGCGGUUCAUGCGUAGCGAUCACCUCUCCAAGCAUGUCAAAACCCACCAGAGCAGGAAGGGCCGAUCCAGCCAACCCUCUCACGUUGACCCACAGCUGAACAACAUUAAAAGGGAGUGAGAGGAGCCGGGAACUGUGGUGCACAGAUCAUCUCAAGACUCUCAGGGAGAUGGUCAAGAGUAUCACUUGAAUAAUCCUUGUGAGAGACAAAGCCAUAUUUAAAUGUUCAAGAGUUUCUGAAUACAGUGUAGAGCUACUGAGAGACUUUAAGGUCUAUAACGAAGGCCAUGCUGCUAGUAAAGAGGUGAUGGACAAAAACACUCCAAACAGUAGAUGUGACAUUUUUAAUUUUUUCACAUGGUUUCAGGCAUGCUAUCCAUCUCACUAAUGCUGUUCUCUCUUUGCACAAAAUUAAUUGGUCAAUCUAUGAAUUCAUUACCAAUAAAUUGUACAAGCACAAUAUAAAAAUAUUUAUUAAAUUAAUUUGGUCCUUUAUUUUUUACAGAAAAUAUUGCCUUAAUACUUUUUGUCACAUUUUUUGUUCUUUUGUAGAAUUAAUUAUUUUAAUCUGUCUGAUAUUAUUCACUAGCGUUCCAGUAUGAAGUUAAAGCACCAAUUUGCACUCAAAACAUUUCUUUACUUUAAUGUAAAUGUCCUGGAUGUUUGCAUAAAGCCUGAGUUGAUUCUGGCCUCAGAGUGUUGUAUAUACUGUUUAUAAGGCAUACAGUUCUAUAAAGGCUAAGCAUGUGAAAACAAUGAAUAAACAAAAAAAAA